AUGAAUUCUAACUCCGACGUGGCUGUCAUCAUCUCUCUCUCCCCCCUCUGAUUUUUCUUCUCGUCAAAAUCCAAAAAACCUCUCCAAGCCGCCGUAAAACCCCUGCUUCAGCCGUGAAGCUUAAUUGGGUUGCUCCGUCGCUGACCGAUCGAACGCAGCAAUGGCCGAUGAACCCACCUCGAUUCCUGGAUCCCCCGGCCGGACCGUCGAAGAAUGCGAAGACAUGAUUCGGAAAAGCCUCCGGACUCCAAUGGUGAAAUUUUUAAGGGAGAAUUUGGAGAAAGCUGGGUGUGGAAUUGGUGACAAAUUCAUCAAGGCCGUUCACUGUGAUGGAAGUUAUAGCGGGGGCUUCACUCCCGGUAAAGGGAUACAGGUUUGCAGCAAUCAAAUGAACAUUCAAGAUGAGGUCAAUCAAGUGGUCAUCCAUGAACUUAUCCAUGCUUUUGACGAAUGCCGUGCUGCAAACUUGGACUGGACUAAUUGUGCUCACCAUGCUUGUAGUGAGAUUCGGGCUGGCCAUUUAAGCGGGGAUUGUAACUACAAGCGGGAGUUGCUCCGUGGCUUCAUGAAAAUUAGAGGUCACGAACAAAGCUUUGACAUGAAGAGGGUAGCUGUGUUGCUGAUCAAGAUGAUGUUCUGCCUUUUGGUUUUAAGUCAGUUUUCCUCCUCAGUUGCUUCCAUACAACAUUUCUCGCUAGGUGAGCAGCAGCAUCAGAUGAAAGGAGCUGCUGGUGACGGAGCUGAUGUGGCAGCUCCUUGGUGGUCGUCCGAGGACUACUCUUCCCCUCACAAGCGAAGGCAUGUUAACAAUGGCUUCGAGGAACCUUAAACAAUGGUCGUAUGUCUCGAUGAUGCACUUCUUCCAUCACUAGUGAUUGUAAACAUAUGGUGUUAUUUUAUACUCUUCCAGAGUAGCAAACUUUCUGGUGCAGAAUGUUUUUCUGGUUUUGUAUCUCAACAAGGGAUUGUUUGGAUUCUGUGAAUAUUCCAUUCUGCUGUAGCCUACCCCCGAGCCCCUUAACCGGAUCCUGCAAAGUUACCAGAGAAAAGCUAAGCCUAAAUUCCUAGUGUCCAUGUUCCA